AUGACUCUCCUUACCCGCACUCGCGAACUAGAGGCCACGUGUGUUCCCUUUGAGCGCUUCAAUGCACCAGCCAAACUGCAGCGGAGGCCUCCUACUACAGGCAAGCUACUGUUCAUGCACCAACUUCGGGUAGACCAUCCUACAAAGGCCCCUGUCUGCUCAUUUGUACCACCCUGCUUUACCAUUCGAGGUUCACAUUCUCUUGCAUUGCCCCCUGGUAGCGACAGCCAGAGGGAGAUGGGGGCCCCCAGUUCCUCGGGGUCCCCGAGGAGGCGGCUUGAGGGCCCCCCGCCGUCUGUGCGCGAAACUUUCAAAGCGGCAGAUGCCCCUGAUUUGGGAGAGUCUUCUUCGGCAGAUACAGCAUCGUGCAGAGGUUGGAAAAGCCCGAGUGGCUCUAGCGAUCCGCCCAUAGAUGCAUUUGCAUCUUCUGCUGAAGCCCGCAGCGGGGGAGGCACCAAAGUUCGAGAUGAAGCAACAGGGAAGUAUGUGUUUCAGACAUUUCGGCAGCAGCUGCAGCUGCAGCUGCAGCGGGGGCAGCCAGGGACGCGUCACCUGUCAGCUCUCGACAUCAUGGAGAUUUACAACCAGGGAGAGCGGCGACCUUGGAAGAGACUAAAGGAGGGGACAGAUGACCAAGAAGCAGAGCUGUCCCGUAAACGCAUUGAGACGGAGGCCAGCGACUUCGCUCGCCUCGUAGGGCACAUUUUGCAGGGAAUUCAGGCUCGAGGCCCUGCUCGCCAGCUGCUGGUACACCUCAGCAACUUCGCGUCAUCUCUUCCUCUUCUGCUACUGCAGAGGGAAGAAGUACUGCAGCUGCUUUUGCAGCACCUUCGGAAAGAGGAUACAUACGACGUCGUGCUGCAGCUCCUACCAGCCCUUGCCAAGGACCUGAGGCAAGAGUUCCUGGGGGAACAGGACUUCGGAGCUCCUGGAGCGGAGGGGGGCUUGAGGGGUUGGUACCUCCACAAAUAUCUUGCGCUGAAUAUGGAGGACUUCCUUGACAUCAUGCUGCCAAUGCUGCUGCACAGUGCGCCGCCGGGGGGUUCGCAGAGGCGGAAGAGGCCACUUGCUAAGGAGCCGCAGCAGCAGCAGCAGGUGCUGCCGUCUGAAGAGCAGCUCGUCACCAACGACCAAUCGGAAGAGCAGCAGCAGAAGCAGCGCCAGCCACCACCGAAACGCAAGAUGAACGAAAAGCAGAAGAGGGAGCCGGUCCAACGACAGGCUCAUAGGCGGCUGCGCAGCUACCAACAAAGGCAGCGGAAGGAUACAGCUGAGACAAAAGUUUGCGGCAGCGCGCUAAUGGCGGCCCAGGCAGUCGCAACGGUGCUACGGAGAGCUGCACGGGAUGAAGAAGUCUUCUAUGAUUGCGUUGCCUCCAUUACGGGGUAUUUCCUGGUCGUUCCCUCUCCGUGGCUUCCUGUCUUUGCUACCGUUGCGUCUCGCAUUUUUUUCGAGACCAUCCGGGGGUUGGAGUCUGCCUUUACGAAUUCCUUCGAAGGGGUUUCUUGCUUCCUUGUUGCCAACGUCCUGCUGCGGCAGCGCUUCACCCUCCCGGGGUCCGGCGCAACCUACGAGCCUCCACCUCUUGAGUCGAACGUUUCCGAAGAGCCAGUGGAUGGUGACGCAUGCAGCAGCGCAAGCAGAACCAAACACAAUCUUACCGGCAACAAGGUUUGUGGAAGGAAGGUUUACCUGGCUCACGCUGAAUGCGUGAGGCUGUACCUGGAGGACGCACGACGGCAUGCAGCCUCCACAGAAAACCCUGCAGCGCUGGCUUUACAGCGCGUAACGCUGCGGCUGCUUGGUGCUGCAGUGCAUGCUGCACUAGCUGGACCAACGCAUGCCGAGGAGGGGCGGCAGCAGACGCCCAUGGCAGCAGAGCUGCAGCAGCAGCGGGUGAUGGCUGCAGAAGAGAUGCUCUGUUUGUUGAUGCAUUCGUUCUCCCCCUUUUUCUCCUUCUACCCCUUUCGCCAGCUAACAUCGUUCCCGUUUUUCCAGGGUGGGGUCGGACAUUUCCCUUGUCAUUCGACAGCAGACGCGCCUUGCAGCCGCUGCUGCCUCCCUCCUCCGGUGCUUGUAGGCUGCUGUACCCUGGCCGACGCAGCUGCUUCUUGGUUUGCGUCUGGCCCGCGGAGUACAGGCAGUUUUGAUGCUUACAUUCAAAAGCUGCUCGAGGCCGUUCAGCCCUUCUGUGUGUCGGCAUCUGGGGCGCCCGAUGCCAUCUUAGGAGAAGCCCCCUCAGCCGCAUCAUUAGGUGAGGGUUCUCAGCAACAGCCACCAACACUUCCGCCAAUUUUACAGCCGCUGAUGUGGAGUUUCGCAUCAGAUGCAAGUUGCGGUGCGGCGGCGGCGUUCGCUGUGCUGCUGCCGUGUAGCCUCCUUCGGGUUCUCGUUUUCGCGUGGAGGGCUCUCUCUGUCAGCUACACGAAAGCAAUGCCUUUGACGGGAAAUCCUUUCCAACAUUUGCUGCCAGCAUUGGUGACUGUGCAGCGCUAUCAGCGUCAACAGAAACAGCAGUCGCAACACGUGGAGAGGGAGUGGUGGCAAGGCGUCGUGUUUGAGCGGGUGCUGGAAGUGUUUCUGUGCAGUUUGCGAAUGCUUCUCCUAGUACCGUCACCUGUUGAGGGCUUUUCCUCACUUUGUCUUCGCUACGCAGUAGAAUUCCUUGCAGGCCAGCCUGCAGCGAUAAGUGGUGCGUUAGACCAACACGUCAAAGCAUUGCAACUUGCAGACCGCCGCCUCUCUUUGAGCAACCGUAUGCAGCAGGAGCUGCAUUUGGGCGAUAUGUCGGCGUGGAGGUGGGCGACAGCGAGUUCUUUGCUGGCAACGCUCUUGAAAACUUACGGCAGGAAAGGGAAGGUGAUGGGAACUGGCUCAACAGGCGCAACGAUUCGACUUCUCUUACCUCUUCACAUCGAGAGCUGUCUGAGGGGGACUUGUGCGCUAUUGCAGCGACUAGAGGCGUCUUUGAGAGACUACCUUGUCGACCGUCAAGAAUCGGAGGAAGCGGUCACACAGGCCAGGGUCUCAGAUGAGCUGGAGAGGUGCUUAGCCAAUGCAUUCGUGAGUCUGCAGUGGCUGUGGGAGCUGCGGAAGGCUAUACCUUGCGCAGAAGACUUCGAGGCACAACCAGAAACACCUGCAGAUCCAAUAAAAUUGACGACGAGUGCGCGUAGGGCUGCUGCGCAGCUGCAGCAACAACAACAGAAACUCCUGUGUCUUCUAGUUGAGGCUAUGGAGCAAGCGCAGCAAGCCUCUGCACUUCGCGGUGCUCUUCUUCUCCUUUUCAGCCGCAGUUUUGUUACCUUCCUUUCCCUCCCUCGUCUAGUGGCCUCUCAAGACGAAGGGAAAGCACUCACUUGUCCGGCCCCUCCGGAGCACUUGACACAGCUCUGCGCUGAUCGUUUAAGUAGGGCGGCUGCUGCAGGCAACGUAGCAAGUGCUGCCACCGGCAAGGGCAGCAAUAGCUGGUGCUGCAACUGCUUUGGGACCUCUUGCGCGGAACAGCGAACGGCACUGUCUGCUGCGGAUAUGGAAGGGGCUCGUCGUGCUCUCCUUUCGAGCAGCGCUGAUUCUGCUGGUGAAGCGGAAGCGCCCGAGAAGGUGGUUGCUGCGUCUGCCGUGGGGCCCGAAGGCAGCUGGUUUAAAUGUGUACUGAGUUUCUUCUUAUCUUCGCAUUUCACUUCGAUGUGGACGCCUUCUCUGGAAACUCAGCAUGCGGCAGGAACAACAGCUCCCUUGCGAGCGAGUCCAGCUUUUGUCAAGGGUCUUUGUUUGGCAUUGAGGAUGCUCAACAGAAGCGGUCUGCCAAAGGGGAGCGCCCUGCAGCAGCAACACUGCAUUCGGGAGUUGUGUUUAGUGGCAGUUAAGGCGUUAUUGCCUAACCUAUCAUCGGGAUCUUCUCAGCUUCGUCUAUGGUCUCUGCGGUUUAUAAGCAGCUGCGAACCUACAUCGCUUUUAUCUUGCGCCUUCUGCAACUCGUUUGCGGGGCACAUCUGCCCCAUGCAGUCAGCCAUCUCUCCGGUGGAGGCGGCGAACACAGUUGUGCGCAGCCUCCUCCAAAAGCUAGAGUCCUUGGAGAAGCUCAAAGUUGACCUCGAUACGGAGCGCCAUAAAAUACAGCUUAUCAACUCUUGCGCUGAGGAGGUGCGCUCUCUGCAGGAUACAUUGUGUGGGGCAGAGGCGCGAGGGGGGGCAAUAGCAGGGCCUGCAUGCGGCGGGUUAGUGCUGCUGCUGCAGCUAGCCUACCGCGUGCUGCUCGCAGGCCUCUCGGUAAAGUUUGCCACCGUUUGGCCAGAGGUGGUGGAAGCCAUUACUGAUUGCGUUGAGGCCUUCCAGAACUUCACUCCUUCUCACCAAUCAGCAUCUCGCGACAAGUCCCAGGAUUCGUCUGCAUCUACAACAAAACAACUGCAUGUGGUCCCGCCGGAGAAGCAGCAGCGGAACGCCGCGCUUGCCUUUGUGUGGAGCCUUGUUGUAUCUGAGACGCACAGAGCGUUAGGUCAACUGCAGCAACAGCAACAGGAGCAAGACGGCUCUGAUCGUGACCUUGUGCAGCGUGAUGAGGCGGAAGGUUCUGUCGCAAACAGUUGUUUAGAUUGCGUUCUGAGCGCGUGGAAAGGAGCUAGAGCAGAUGAAGCCGCUGCUGAGGAGACAGCGCCUCUCCAGAGGCACUCUCAUCUGUUGCGGAUUUUGCAGCGGUUCGGUGUUUGCUGGGGCAGCAGCGCCUUUUCGCGCACAAAACAGAGACAGAGGCAGCCCCGAUCUGAUGCGAAUGUAGAUGCAUCAUCGGAAACAAGCACGCCACAGCAACCCACCGUCUUUCAAGGGGCAAUGACGUGGAGGCGUAGCUUUGCCCAGAACGCCCUCCGGUUCUUGCUGAUAUAUGGAGAGCGAAUUGCUGUUCAGCUUACUCGUUCAACUGAUAGCCGCAGUACAAUAGGAGACGGCGAGGAAGUUGGUUGUGGGGAAACAGUUUAUGGAGCGCGUGGAUUGCCGGCGGCUACCUCGGUCAGCAGCAACAGCUGCAGUGACAGAGGCGAGCAGCAGCAGCAGCGCGAGUGCAUGUCGCUGCUUGCCACCGCCUCUUUGAUCCCGCGUGCACAGGAUGUGCUCCGAGCCAUCAUUUCUUUCGGGGAAAUACGGUUUCCCGGGGUUGGACGGCGCUUGUUAGGCCUUCCAUGUGAAGACCCCGUCUACGAGAACGAGACAAACUACGUAGAGGAGAGCGAGGUCAACAGGGAGGUUCGGGAGCUGGAAAGUCUUUGGCAAAAACUUUUGGAAUCUUGCGCGCAACGCCUUAUCGGCGUGCGAGACGCCUCGCUUCAGGGACUUGUUCUUCAGACGAUAAUGCUUUGUCGAGAGCUCCAGCAGGUGGUGAAGCCGUAUUUCCCAGUGCUGGAGGAGGCACUGAAAGACAAGGGGGGAGCGCCUUCUGGCCUUUUGCGCCUUGUCCUGGGAAAGGAAGAGGCCGAGUGGCAGCUCCUGCAUCAUCCCGCUGAGACUAAACAGGACGUCGUCUUACUUCCCGAGCAUCGAGCUUUUAUGUUGCCGCUUAUCGUUCGCCUCCUCAUCAGCAAAACCCAAGUCAAAAUGGGGAGGUCUCCUGGAGUGGUGUUGGCGAACCGGCGGCGAAUUUUCGGCUUGCUGAGCAGCCUCGACGAAGCGGAAGUGCCAAUGGUUCUGUCGGUGCUGGCCAUGCGGUUGUUGCGACUGACGCCACGGGUUAGUGGUUCCUCUGCUGACAAAUCAGGAGGAGACCUGCGAGCUGCAAGGCCUUUAGAGGGAAUGGACAAGGAGCGUGCGCUGGUGGCUUUCAUACGGUGGCAGCACCACAGAGCACAAACCCUGGGAGGCGCUGCUUCUAGUGCAGCAGCUGGUGCUGCCUCCAAAGACAAUGAAUCGGCGGAGCCCCCAGUGCACGUGACACUCUCAGAUCAAUUGCUCGGGCCUUCCGCAUCAACUCAGCUGCACGGGUUGCUAAAGUCGCUACAGCAUCUGGUGCAAAUGCAGCAGCACACAUUGCGGCCAGGAGCCCCCUUCUUGGUAUUUCUCUUUGGCGAGAUUUUGCAGCACCUCCUUCCAACUGCAUCGGGAGCCAACACCCACUCCCAUGAAGUGCGGGAAAUGGUAACAGAUGACACAGAAAAACCUGAAGAUGAAGAAGCAACUGACGAACAGCAAGCGGAGGGAGACUUGCCGGAAGCAGACGCCUCUGAAUUCACAAUGGAGCGUAGAGCCGAAGCGGCAGCUAGCACCAAUGCGCGCCACAAGAAGCACUGCAUUCGAAUAGCGAUUGACGCUCUGCAUCAACUUUUUAGCGCCUUCCCGGACUUUGUUGGGGCUUGGAAGGUGCUCCUCUCGCCAGCAGCACCCGCUCUGCAGCUGCUGCUCUCAGCUGCAGUCGAGACGGGGGCGACUGGAUAUUCAGGAGAUGUCAAAGGUGGUGGGACGUGUCCUGCGAUUGUACGCUUCGUUGCCUCUUGGGCGUCCAAUGCGGAUUACUUCGUGCUGUACGAGGAACUGCUUCCGAAAGCUUUACCUUCCCUUCUUGGAGCCAUCGGGUCAGAACCGCUGCUGCGCUUCUUGCAGCGCAGCAGACGCAGUACAACUCCUCUAUUGGAGGUGGCGAUAGAGACAGCUUUGUUGCUUUCUUUCGGCGGACGUACAAAGGAACAACAGGAGGAGGAACUACGACUUUCUCAGCGCGAAUUCAAUGCAAUGAAACACGUAAACGAGAGGAGGCGCCGGCGCCGUGGCCACCAGUCCAGCUCGUCUGAUGAGAGCGACGAAGAUGAGCAAAAUCAGCAGGCUGGUUUUGUCGAAACUGACAAGGCAAGGUCGUUACAGACCUUCCGGGAGGCGUACGAGGCAUUGCAAAGACAGCAAGAACUUGAACAACAGCGGGGUCUACAAGUGCUGCUGCCUCACUUGGGCACCUUGCUGCACUGCAUGGAGCUGUUGCUCAACGCAAGGAGAGGCGCGGCUACCCGAAAGCAGGGCGAGGAACAGUCAACAUCCCAACCUCUCGCGGCACUUGAAGGAGCUGUAGCUUCUCCUGUGGAGAAGCCGGCGCAACAGCCCUUCAUCCAACGCAGAGAGAAAUUUCUCCUUGUGGGCUUCAAGGAGUUGCAGCUUCUAACCCGUCUUGCUGCGUAUGCCUGCGCGGACAAGGACCUCUUGCUGCAGCAGCCGCGGUUUCCAGAUAAGAUUUCUAUUUCUGAGGAACGUGCGGUUCCAACGACAGCAAAGUUGAUUCGGCUGUUGCUCCUUUCCUUGCCUCUGAGGGUUCGAUCUGGAGGUGCAGCAGCGAGGCAGCAGCUGACACUAGCCGCUAUACAGGGACUGUUGCCCUCUGUGGCUUUCUGGCGGCGGUCUUGCGCGUCUAGCGCUGACCCACGCAGUGGUGUGGUAGAGCUGUGCGAGUUGCUUCGGGGGCUCUAUGAUACUUGCUGCAGUUUACUAGAGAGCGCAGAAGAUCUGCAGUGCCGCGCCGCUGCCUCCGAAGUGCUGCUGGCAACUGAACUGGCUGCAUGCGGCUGCGUGCUGACAGAGGAGGUACUAACGACGCAGAUCCGCGAGUGUGCCAUGAAGGAGUUGAAUGCUUUCCGGCGCGCCGAGGAGGAAGGGGAAGAUGCUUCAAAGAUGGCUUCAGCCAUUUCCUGGUUAAUUCCUGGAGGAACUGUCUGCAAAAGCCUUCUAAAGAAUUCCUUGCCAUCUGCUCUAGAGGGAAACAAGCGCAGCGCACUGGCAGCCUCUUGGCGCGUUAGCGUUGCUCUUGUGAUGGUCUGCGCCAACCUCCUGAAGGCAGGGAACCGCGGUGCGCCGGAGGAGCAGAGGCCGGACGUAGACAUGCAGGUUUUGGUGUUGCUGGCGAUGGUCGAGAACCACCUAAGUCCUCCUGCUUUGGCAGCGUCCACUCACAGUGCAUCUGAGGAACCUGUUGAGGACGCGCAGGCCCAUCACCUGUCCACAGCAGAGGACAAAGUGGAUGGCAGCGAAGGGGCAAAGCACAUGAUACGGGAACAGCAAGAAGAAGCAGGAGAAGCACCGCGGGUACAGCCUCACCUGGAGAGUGUGCAAGAGGAGGGUUCUAGGCUAGCAGAACGAGGGCAGAUGCCUUCUGUAUGUGGAGUAAAUAUUCCUGCUUCCGCGUUGGAACCAAUUGUGCAGCAUGUGCUGUAUCUUCUCUCCGAGUGCUCCGAUGAUAUUACGCUGCAGCACGUAGCCCUGACAAUUAUCCGCAAGGCGGCCGUAGCUCUGGGAGCAGCCGCUUCUGCAGCAGCGACGCGGCGGACUGUAGCUCAGUUUGCAGCUAACCAGGAAGAGGAGGUUCCGCCUGAGGAGGCGCUGGAAUCCGAUUGGAGCUUUGCUGUUGCAAUGCAGCGACUUAUCAUGAAGUUCAUCGUUCCGCACCUCCACCGACUUAUGCGUAGCGUCAAAGAAGAUUGUCAGCGAAUGGCUCUACGGGCAUUGGAUGCACUUGUGCGGACUCUGGGGCCAGCAGGCCCGCUGCUACCCCCGCCUCAGGCCGCUGCAGCGGACGACGAUGAGGACUCCGUUUCGACUUUGUUUCUGUCCGAUGCAGAUCAGCAACAGAGGAGUAUGCGGUUGCAUUUGGACCUGUAUUCGCUGCUCACACCACCCCAGCUGACACCUGCAGUUCAAGAAGCUGCUGCGCUGGCGCAGGAGUUGGUUUCCAGCGGGCAGGCCGCGCGUGCAGCCACCGCCGCUGCACGCGCCGCACAACUGGAGGCGCUUGCGGGAGAGAGGCAAGCCUCUGAACGCGAAGGCGGGGGAGAUGUCUUGCUGGAGCUGCUGCAUAUGCAGAAACACAGAAGAGCCCGAGGCUUACAGCUACUUGCAAAGGCGGCUGCAGCGCAGAAGCUGUGCAUGAACACGGUGAGGCACGUCUGCGUGCCCCUAGCUCUUUGGGCUAUUCUCCAAGAAAACGUCGCAAAGGAUACAUCAGAAAAACAAGAGGGUGCCAAGACUUCGUUACGAAAGCCCAAAGGCCGUACGGAGGCGUUCAGUCAGCAGAUGGCAGACCAGGGAGUUGCUUGUCUGGCCCAGUGCUGUACUCGUCUGCCCCUCAAGAGUUGCAUUCAGACUCUGAAGCAGCUGGUGAUGUACCUCACCAAAGUGCCGCAGCGGGAAGCGUUCAUACACCGCGCAAUCGCCGCGACGCUAAAGGCAUUUCCCUUUGGUCUGUCCGAUGCAGUACACCAAACACACCAAGCAGUAGGCAACCAGCCUCGGCUCGCCCUUGAGCAGAAAGAAGAAAGAGAGGAUAAAGAUGUUUCAGAUAGCGGCGCAGCCAAGGAGUCCUCGCCGGUUCAAGAGCCACACCAAGGAGAGCAGGCAAAAACACAUCUGCCUGGGCGAGCAGGGUUUGAGGAGGAGGCAAACAGUGGAGAUGAGUCUGGCGGAACGGGAACUUCGAAACAGCUUUUUGCGCAAAGAAGGCGGGAGAGAGUGGAAAGCUGCAUCAGAGACGAGCUCAUACCCAUGUUGUACCCCCUUGCCUUUGGCAGCAAAGUCAGGCGGGUGGCGUCAAGGGGAGAAGCCACAGACGCGUCCGAGAAACUCCUUGAACAAAGGAACAAAACUUACGCAAACCCUGUGGUGCGCACAGAGCUAGUAGCCGUUCUUGCCAUGCUGGCGCGGAUGCUGCCUCCUACUGAAUUUCAUCUGCAGCUGCCCCGUCUCGUUCGUUCAAUCGCCCUCGCUCUGCGAUCUCGAGAGCGCACUGCUCGGCGGGAGGCCCGAAUAGCUCUGACUCGCUUGACUGUCAGCCUGGGGUCUUCAUACUUCACUUACCUGGUGACGGAGGUGCAGAGAAUGUUGGGACCCAAGAGCGAGAAGAACCCAGAGGCAGACCAACAGAGCUUUCUGCGGCCCGUGCUGCUGUUCACGUUGCAUGCAAUGCUGAACGCCUUGCAGCAGCAACAGCAAAGCGCCUCGGCGGAGCCCGCUGCGCUGCACGCACAACAGGAAGCCUCCACUACCGAUGGUACACAGUUCGUUCAACAGUUUGAAGCUGCUGUUCCAUUGCUGCUUCCUCUAAUUGCAGAGGAAAUAAACAGGGUGGCAGACCCAGACCGGCUUGACCAAGAGGAUAGCCGGCGCGGCUUGGCUGGACAACUGGACGGGAGUGAGGGUGGCGGCCUGUCGAGUUCUUCCGUUGCAAAGCUGAGCGACGUCAGUACGCAUUCUAAGAUUGAAGAGGCGCAGUCGCUGAAGGGCCCCUCUAUGCUGCUACUCCUGACGAAAGACAGCACCCAGCAGUGUCUCACAGACCACCUGCUUCCUUUUGCGCUGGGCCUUCUCACUGGGGACUCGUGUAAACGCGAGGGGUGGAGCAGCUCGGCUGCUUUUUCGAGCAAGUAUGUCAACCGGGCUGAGGAUUUGCUGCUGCACUUCGUUUUUGGCCUGAACCGCAACAGCAGGAUUUCGCUUGACAAGAAACUACGUACCGUCAAGCAACUCCUUAUCCUCACCGUUGCAACAUUGCAGUUCCCGCUCCUCCACCCUGUGCUGCAAGCUGAGCGAGGCCUCAAGGAGUCCUUAUUCUUGCUGUCUAGGCAGCAGCUGCUGCUGCUGGGCCGCAAGAAGCGGGGCAAAAAAACUCACAGCAUCGAUAACGCCAGCAAGGAGACGCAGGCUGGCCUUGCCAACUGCGAAUCAGCGGCGGCGGCUGCACAACAGCUAGAGCCGGACGGCCCUGGCAGUAAACUGCCGCUGACCCUGUCAGCUCCGCAUCAAGAGGACUUGCAAGCCCUGCGACGCCUACUGCUCCCGGGAGCGAAGGAAGACGAAAUGAACACCCAAGACCAGACAGAAGCACCGCCUUAUUCUCAGAGGCGGGAAGGCGGGGCCAACAGCAGCAGCAGGAAGCUUCUGGUGUCGCUGCUCAAUUCGAGCAAAGAGCGACGCUUCACCCUGCAGCCCGGCGCCAUCACGGGUCGUUCGUUAGUACAAGCAACGCGAAACAAACCGGACCAAGGAGCGACUGGGCUUGAGCUGUCUACCCAGUCUUCUUUGCUGGGAACAGCAGCUCUUCGUCUCCUUCACCUCUCUGUAAAAGCAGCGAAGGCGCCCCUAAAGAACUUUGCUGCGAAGCAGCUCGGACUAGCCUCGCCGCGACAACAACCUCUAAAGGCUGCCAAGGAGAUGCACGAGUUAGCUCUGCGGGCUUGUCUGGACCAGCUGGACGAAGUGGCGCUUGAGGUCGUCUGCUGCUUCAGUUGCAGGUCAACAAAGCUUGUAUCCUGGGGAGCCCGCUGCUUGCUGGAGCUGCUAGCCUUCCGUCUGCCUCGUCUGGAGAGCCGAGGCGCCCUCGUGGCGUACCUGACAAUGAAGAUAUUUCACUCGUGUGGAGGUGGCAGCGGCGUACAGGGCGCAGACUAUUACACGGCUCGUUCGGAGCUGCUUCCUAUCUGCACCAAACUCUUAGCUGUUCUGCUGCUGCAACCGCAGGCCUCCAAGUGGAUGGACACCGCACUGAACCCGUCGCAGCACAUCGGCGGAGACAUCCUCAGGUCCCUUUUGCGAGAGCAGCUCCGCGUGCUGCCGUGGAGAUACCAAGACCAGCUGCAGCAGCAACGGCAGCAGCACCAACAGCAGCAACGGCAGCAGCAGGGGAAUGCAGGAGUGGGCGUUCUGCUGCCUCAGGCAGAUGUCAGCUUCAGCGCCACCGCAGCGGUGACGGAAGAGCAGUUACAGGCUGCGGGGCAGUUCUUCCUGAAGGAAGCUCUGCUUGCGCACAUCUCAUCUUCUUUAGAAGACAGUCAGCUGCAGCUGUGCGCUCUCUUCCUUUUCAAACGUGUCGUUCUGCAGCACUACAAAGACCUCGUGGACGAGGCUGCCAGACGUGCCGUGGAAGAGUCGAAGCAGGCAGCGGGGGCAAUGAGCAGCCAAGCUUUGCAACGAAGAGCCCAGAAGAAGAGACAGAGAGAUGCAAAAGCGGCAGAAGAAGGAGAGGGUACAGCGGCUAAGCAGGGGACAGCGGCGGCGGAGUUGCUUCCCCUCGUAUACGAGUGUGUAGACCGCGUGGCUCGCGUGAUGGUGCAGCAUGCAAGCUUCUCAGCAGUCAGUCAGAAGCUAUCGUCCAUUUGCGCCGACGUCUACGUGUCUUUCCUUCUCAACUUUCCCAUGACACCCCGUCUGCAACAGAGACGCGUCUUUUUUCUUUUUCAGCAGCAGAAGUUCUCUGACGUCUAUGGCCGACGGGUGGCCAUUGCGGCGCUUCACAAAGUGGUGAGGCGGUUCCCAGCGGAGCUGUUCUUGGAGCGUUACGGGCAGGUGGCGCUGCUGACGUGCUGCUCAACGCUGGCCACAGAAACCGACCAGACGGCCCAUGCGCUGCUGCAGCAGGUCGUGCGGGAAGUUCUGCAGCUCGUUGAGGUGGCGGAUGACCCCAUUUUACGCCUCCAAGACCAGCUGAAGACACUUUCAAAGAUUUUCCUAGUGCCACGGAUGCAGCACUUAACGGCUCUUCUUGAGUUUUUGAGCGUCUUUGUGCCUCAUAUUGGUGGAGCGUUUGUUCAAAAGGGAGGCCUUACCCCUUUUCUGCCGAAAGUGCUGCAGCUCCUCUGUGCUGUUUCCUACGUAGCAGCAGGAGCGCCACGUGCGGACGCCAUUGACGUGUCGAUAGACUGGCGUCUGCUUUACAAGAUCAUUUUGGUGUUUGAACAGCUGCUGACAAUGGGCGGCCUCCCUUGGAUGGAGGAGGCCUUUGGGAAAGCUGCACAGAUCUGGAGGGAAGGUGGCCGCGAGGAGCUGCUCACCCUGACCGCAGCAGCAGGAGCAGAUGCCGCCGAGGAGGCAGAGGGCGCUGCUCUGGAAAGGCGACGAAUGGAAUUAUUCAUAAACACUCUGAAUGUAUGGCAGGCCGCCCCGUCGCCCGAGGGAGGAAAAGGUGAAAAGACGGCAAAACCUUCUAAUCCGCAGCUACCGCAGCGGCAGCAAGUUGCUGCAGGGCUGCAUGUAGCUCAGCUCUGGCAGGACAUAGUCGAAAGUGGUCUGCACCACGAAAAUGCGUGGGUGCGAUGCGCGGCACUGCGCUGCGUUGCCCAGUACCUCCAGAGAACGCCGGCUUCUGCGUGGCGCCGCUCUAACGUUCCUCUUCUUGCAUUUCUUGUUGUAGGAAGAAAAGGGCGAACGCCGAAAGGAAAUCGCAUGUCAGCAGCGCAGCCACCUCCCCUGACAACGUUAGGCUUGGCCCUAGGGCAGCACUUGGGCAAAGAUACCAUGGUGGAGCGGCACCCGUCUGCUGCGCCAUGCGCUAUCGCGGCUCUUCUCAACUGGGCGCAGAUCGCCUACACCUUCCCGCACCUCGUCUCGAUCACCCGAAAGCCGCGCAGCAGGACUCGGGCGAACUUGCACAACUGCGCCGAUGCCGCGGAAGCAAACAGCGGCAGUGAGGACUCUCCACAGAAGCACCUGCAGUUGGGCACUGAGGAAAGCGCCCUCGAGAAGACUGGGCAGGAAGGCGGAUGUCCCUCAGAUGCAGGCGUUGAUGUGACGGCUGCAUCAACUGCAGAGGGAAUUGCAACGUCUCCACCCGAGUGCGCUGUUGCUAAUGAGGAGAAGGCGGAUUCGGAGAAGAUUGCUCCGGCGCAGCCAACUGAGAGAGUGGGUUCAGGGGAUGAGGGGGAGUCUCAGAAUGACAAGAACGCCUUGGAAGAGGAAGAGGAGGGCGAGAGCUCCUCACCUGACAGUGACGGUGAGGGAGAGGUAGAUGAGGCUGAUGGCGGCGAGGAAGAGGAAUUUAUUUUAGAAGAAAUGCAACGGGAAGCGUCAAAUGACGGGACUGACAAGACAUUAUUGGCAGCGAGACAACCGGCGGCCGCACUCCCGGUGCCAAAGACCUCCUGGAGUGUCUACUCGUCUGACAGUGAACAGAAAAAUCAGAGGGACCUCACUGGUGCGGCAACAACCCAGGUGCAUCCCCUGGUGUUUCUUGUUUCAGGGCUUAGCCGCUGGCUCCGCAUACACUUGGGCCGCUUGGGUUUUACCGGCGACAGCCUUCCUAAGUCCGAAAGACCCCCUGGCACAGUUGCGCGCGUUUCGGGAAUUGUGGCUUUCUUUAGUUCUCUUAUCAAGCUGCUUCCGCUGGCGGAGCUGCAGCAGCCCUCUGAAAAGACACAGGCAACAGCAGCUGUGACAUCGGGCGGCGUUGUGCAGGCGGUGCUCGAACACGUCGCUGAUGCAGCAUAUCGAUGCUCUACGCUUCACUCUGAGCUGGCAGCGGAGUCUGUGCUGGCGCAGCUGAUUGAAAAUGGAGUGCGGGCGGAGUGUGUGGUGGCCAGCAAUACGGUGACUGGCGACUCUCGAGCGCGAGAUAGCAGCCAGAAGAACCUAUGGGACUCGCUGCGUUCGUUGAGCCCCUUGAUGCAGCUUGGGGAGGUAGCAACGGGAGGGGCUCUUGUGCUUCGCCGCAUGGAGCAACUGCUGAGGAACAGUGGUCACGAGCAACUAUACCAUGUGUUGCUUGCAACAACGCGGCAGAACGUCUCAGCCAAGCGGGUAAUGCGCAAGCUGAAGGCGCAGCAGACAUUCUUAGAAAACCCACAAGCACACGCCCAGCGGAAACGCCGCAGAAACAAAGCCAAAGAGCUGCAACGGAAGAAUCGCCUGAGAGAGUCUAUCUUCAGGCGACGAGGAUUCAUCAAGCGAAAGCGGAGUGCACAACAGUAG